AACCCCUGCCGAGCCCGUGACCUGCAAGCACAAUAUUUGAUUUGGGAUCUAGGGCGGGCACCAGCCUUUGCAAAUCGGGAGACACACUCACAUGCUGCUUGACACACGGGAGAUCCCGGAGAAGAGCAGCGAGGCUUUGGAAAGGAGGCUCUUAGCUUGGUCCCACCAGCAUCAGCACCAUGCAUUGGGCCACCAUCCUGAUCAUCGCUGGGCUCUGCGGAGCCUCCCUGGGCCAGUACAAUGAAGAAGAAGACCUGGCUUGGUUACAGUACUACAUGCGGCAGUCCCGGAUGUCCUCCUACAACUACGUGCCCUACUACGAGGACGAGAACACCCCUUACGUGUACUCCUACCUCCCGGCUCCAGACACGGAGGCAGAGCCUGGCCCUGAAGCUCAGCAAACCCUUUCCUGGCAAUGUCCCCAAGAGUGUGAUUGCCCCCCUAACUUCUCGUCAGCCAUGUACUGUGACACCCGUAACCUGAGGUACCUGCCCUUCGUGCCUUCCCGGAUGAAAUACGUCUACUUCCAGAACAACCAGAUCGCUGCCAUCCAAGAGGGAGCUUUUGACAACGCCACGGAGCUGGAAUGGCUCGCGCUGCACAACAACCAGAUCACCAGUGAGAAGAUGGGCAAGAGGGUCUUUGCCAAGCUCAAAAACCUGGAGAGGUUGUACAUGAAUAACAACAACCUAACCAAGAUGCCCAGCCCCUUGCCCCGGUCCCUGAGAGAGCUCCACUUGUCUUACAAUCAGAUCUCCAAGGUUCCCUCCAAUGCUCUGGAGGGUCUGGAGAACCUCACAGCCCUGUAUCUCAGCCACAACUACAUUUUUGAGAUGGGAGCAUCCCUCAAAGGCCUCAAGUCUUUGAUCCUUGCUGAUCUGAGCUACAACCACCUCAGGAAAGUCCCUGAUGGGCUCCCAAUGGCUUUGGAACAGCUCUACCUAGAGUACAACUACAUCAACACCAUCCCUGAUGACUAUUUCAAGGUCUCUCCCAAACUGCUCUAUGUACGGAUGUCUCACAACAGCCUGACAAAUCAAGGUCUCUCUACCAACACUUUCAACAGCAGCAGCAUCCUUGAGCUGGACCUCUCUUACAACAGGCUCCAGAAGAUCCCUCGGGUCAGCACCAACCUCGAGAACCUCUACCUUCAAGGGAACCAAAUCAACGAAUUCUCCAUCAGCAGCUUCUGCACCGUGGUGGACGUCAUGAACUACUCCAGGCUUCAGGUCCUGCGGCUCGACGGCAACGAGAUCAAGCGGAACGCGGUGCCCCCCGACGCCCCGCUGUGCCUGCGGCGUGCCACCAUCAUCGAAAUCUAGCCUGCCUCCCCCCCAGCCCCCUCCCCAUCCUCAGGACUUGGCUCCCCUGUUCCCAGGG